AUCGAGUCUGUCGGACGGUACGGUUGUUUUUAGCACCGAGAGUCUUAUUCGUGUCAGAGAUUGUGUGUUCGUUCGAUAACUCGCGCGUGCCUGCCGUGUGUUCGCUCUCGUUUUCGCGUUCGUAUUGUGUACUGUGUGCGAGGGAAAAGGAGCGAGAGAACAAGCUGCAGAAGAAAGAAGAGUGCGGACGACCCCCGGGCCGGGUGUGUGUUAUUGUUAUUUAACAGGAAUUUGAUUUUGAAAUUUGUGUACCACAAGAGGAGCCAAAGGCGCGCGCGACGGGACUUUGGGCUAGACAGUGUCCCAGGGUUUGGUGUUUUUUUUUCCCUGGCGAAGAAAUUAUUUCGAAAAUUGUGAGACAGCGAAAAUAAAAGUGGAUUGCAGUGUCCGAUUGUGGCUAGAGCUGUUGGGCAAGCUUGAUGAUAUAACCAAUUUGGGGGCAGCUGUAAGUCGUAGAUUCGUGAAGAGCUAUUAGGGAGACACACAAACACAGCAAAGAACCUGCCCAGUCAUCACCAUCGGCAGAGUACAGUGGGUGGUAGUCCUCGCAAUCGGCGAAGGCGUAUAAUAGUGCAACAGCAACGCAAAAAUAAGUGUAAAGUGUGGUUUUUAAAUUAAAAUUUCCUGUGAGAAGAAAGCGAAGAAACACACGGCGGUCGGUGGUGCGAUCAAUCUGUCUCUAUUAAUAAAGUGCUCUGGGCACGUUGGGCCCGUCCCCGUGAUUAAGAAGUGAGCGUUUCGUUCGAGAAGAAAGCUGAUUCAGAGUGCGGUUUUAUGAGAAAUUACGCAAUUAGUACCGAUGUUGUCGCUGCACUGACACGUGUCAUCCGAUGCGUCCCAGUUCCCAAGCGCUGAACGGUACUCGACGAAAGCGAAAGAGAAGAAGAAUUAUCGUGUGUGUGUGACGGUGAAAAAUUUCUAACCAAAGUGAAGAUCAAAAAUAGCCAUACCUGUGAGUAGUGAUCGAGCGCGCGAAAAAACGAAAAGGAGAUUAACCGCCGCCGCCUGGGUAGAUAGUGCAAAUUAAUUGAUCGUUUGCGAUUUGACACCAGAUCGGCAUCUGGGGGCCAAAAUGGCAACGAUGACAGAUCUAGCAAAGGAUGCAUUUAGUAUGAUGAUCUGCGAUCCGUUCGAGUGUGAGCUGUUCGAGCGGUACCUCCGGGAGGUGCAGGAAUCGAACAGCGGUGGUGUGCUGCCGUCGUCGUCGGCGUCGGUGGAAGACGUCAGUACCAGCAGCCGUCAGCGGAAGCCCUUCGCUGCUGUGUACGGUGGUAGCUUCAAGGAGUGGCCCGCAAACACAGAUGCUGGUCGUCUGAAUCGACUGAAACAGCUGACGGAGCUGCUGAUCGCGACCGUCAUCUCCAAGCGACUAAGCGAGUCUAGUUUUAGUUUGAACAAAAUCUGUAGCGAUAGUUCCGUAGUAGAUCCACUGUGUUGUCCCAUCUGCGAGGAUAUCCUUCGGUAUCCGGUGACGGCCACCUGUGGCCACACAUUCUGUCGGCAGUGCUGCUUCGGGCACAGCAAGUGUACCGUUUGCCAUCAGAAAUUUCCAACGAUCUCUAGCAGUUCACAAGCGACGGCGGUGGUGGCAGCUCCUUCGUCAACCACCACAUUGACGCUGCUAUCGAUGACGGCUCCUUCGACGGCCACGUCGUCGUCCUCGUCGUCGACGACGUCCGCUACGAUGGUGCCGAACCAUGACAACAAGCUGGGCCCGGGCUCAGGUGCGGUGGGUACGAUCGAAGAAGAAACCAGUGCUGCUGGUGUGGUCGAAGGGUGUGUCAUUGGAUUCGAGCAGGACAUUCUGGUGCGACGGCUAGUCGAGCGAUGGUGGGGACCGGAGCUGAAGGCGGCAGAGUUCAACGAGGAAGCCCAGCGGCACCUGGAGAGCAACGCUCUGGACGAAGCGCUGCGCUGCUGCAAUCAAAGUCUUGAACACGCACCCAACAGCUACAAAGGUCUGCUGCUACGGACCGAGGUCCUGUACCGAUUGCAGCACUACCAAAGCGCACUGGCCGACGCCGACAACGCUCUCAAAAGCCGUCCAACGUCGUACAAGGCACACUACUACCGGGCCCUAUCGCUGUCAGCUCAGGGGAAAUCCGAGCAAGCCAUAAUCUCCCACUGCAUUUCGAUUUUCCUGGAUAAACAGUCGAUGUGUGUGGCCAACGGGAUAAAAGAGGAUCUCGCAAAGGAUCUUCAAAAACUACUCGCCACGGUCCGAUCGGAGCCGGAACUCCCGGCCAGCAUGGUUGAUCCACUCUCGCUAAUCUUCAGCACUCCGUACUCUCUGAUGAGUUCCCGCAAGCGGCGCCACCAUCGGAUCCUGUCGGUGCACAAGCACAAAGCGAAAAAACAGUUCCUCAGCCUGCGAACCAGCGACUUCGAUGAGGACCACUCCGACUGCGGCGACGAGGACUACUUUCGGUCCAGCUUUUUCGACGAAAUGGACGACGACUUCUAUCAGCAGACCAUGAAUCCACCGCACCACCGGCGGAAAUCCCUCUCGGCGUACAAUCUGAACAUUUUUAACCCGCGCAUGGACGUUCCGCUGGGAUCCGGCAAGGAGCAAAUGUAUCUAAGGCACCUGCAGCAGCAGCAACAGCAAGUCCAGCAGAAUCAUCAGCAACCAACAAUCAUUCCAAGGCCCAACUCGAAGCUGCGAUCGUUCGUUGACCGAAUGAUCAAAGAGUUGGAAGCGGUCCGGUGGGCCGAGGGAAGCCCCGUCCGGUUGAGUGCCCAUCCGAGCCAGAUCGAGACGUCCGACUUCGACUGUGUGCUGUGCUGCCGGACCCUGUGGCGGCCGGUUGUGACGCCCUGCGGGCAUACCUACUGCUGGAUCUGCCUCGAUCGCUGCAUGGAUUAUUCCUCGUCCUGUCCGCUGUGCAUGGCCCCUCUGAUCGAACAGUUCCGGCACCAUCUGGCCAACAGCAACAAUAGCAACAGCGGGAGUAACCACACCCUGCUGGCUGCCAAUCCUACACUGAUCUCAUUGUCUAAGCGUAAGGUGACCCAAUUUGUCGAGGUGGCCAUGCAGCGGUUCAUUCCGGAUGCGUACGAGAAGCGACGCCGGCAGGAGCUAGACCGGGAACCGACGGUUCCGGUGUUCAUCUGUACGACUGCAUUUCCCUCGGUGCCAUGUCCGUUGUUCGUGUAUGAACCUCGGUACCGGCUGAUGGUCCGGAGGGCGAUCGAAAGCGGAGAGCGUCAGUUUGGCAUUGCUCUGCCGCAGCAGAUCGGCCGACAGCGAUACGUUGAGUAUGGAACGAUGCUAGACAUCCGGGACUGCGUCCAGCUGGGUGAUGGAUGUUCAAUCCUGUCAACCGUGGGAGGGCGACGGUUUCGAGUGAUGGCUCGCCACGAGCAGGAUGGCUACGAUACGGCUAAUGUGGAGUUCAUCGAAGAUGACAAGAUCAUCGAUGGUGCCAAUGGCGCCGGCGCUGGCGUCGACGAGGAGAAGGUGCAUUUAAUCCGGGAGCUGCAUGAGAAGGUCCUGCUGAAGGCCAUUGGAUGGCACGAGAGCCUUCCGGACAACAUCAAGUGUGAGAUCUUCAAGAGCUUCGGUAAAAUGCCGGAUCUGGAGGAAAAGUGGGAAGACGUGGUGGAUGGACCGGCGUGGGCGUGGUGGAUCAUAGCGAUCCUGCCGUUGAGUCAGCAUUUAAAGGUCGGAAUUCUGUCCACCACUAGUCUGGAGAAGCGGCUGCGAGCCAUCGACAAAACGCUCAACCUCGAGUCGGCUCAGCAGAAGCGAAAGCGCUCGGUUUGCGUUGUUCCUGCUUCCCCGGCGUCACCCCCUCCUGCUGGUUGCUGUGACGGUCUUCAGACAUCUGCUGCAGCGCACCAGCAUCAGCAACAGCAACAACAUCCGCACCAUCCACACCACCACCAUCACCAUCAUCAUCAACAACAACAAUGCCAAGCAAUUGAUUGUUGCCUACGAGAAAGAACUACCUCAACGCAUCAUCACCAUCAUCAUGACCAUGAGCACCAUCACCACCACCACCAUCACCACCAUGAUAGCGAUAGGAACAGUUCCGGGGAUCAUCACCAUCUCAGCCAAUCCGCGGUGGAAGCGGCAGACUAUCUGCUUUAAAACUAAGCAAAGCAUACAUGCACUCCAAACACAACACAAAGGCUAGAAAUUAACGCAAAAAAACUUGUAAUCAAUCCAAUCCUACUAGGCAGAAACACAGUCAGUGGAAGCAAACGCAACUAAAUGGUUCUCUUCUCUUUGAAAUGUACAGUACACACAUACACUCACUCACUCAAAAAUGCACCAGAGGGCAUCCCUCAGUGCGUGGAAACAUUUGUGGAUCAAGCAGCAGUAAGGGCGAGAAAAACCUAGUUUAGAUGUGUAUAAAACAAACAAAAUGCCAUAGAUCAAAUGAUAGUUAAAUCAAUAUCCUUCCCUUAAACUCUUUUUUUCCGUACGACAACUUGAACUUGAAACCAAUUAGGCAAGCAAACAAAGUAUAGGUGUAAGUGGAGCGCGCGUGCAUGAAUGAGCUGGACACAGAAACAGCGCUGCGGAAUGGACAAGUCAGGGACCGGUCCCAUUUGUUCCGAAUUUUUAAUAACUAUAUUCAAAAUCCUCUUAAGCCAUGUGUGAUUUUUAAUCUUAAACCAAACAUUUUGAACCCCAUAAUUCGUAAGGCAAACAAAACAAAAACCCCUACUAAAUUCAAUCAAGCUUUAAUUCGAGAUCCUCUUUCAAGAUAAAAUGUUACCUACUACCUACUACUACUGAGCAAAGCAAACCAAGUUUCUCCUUAUACCCGUUUCUUAUUCUCCUAAUAAACCACUAUUCGUAAGAAAAUUAAACUUUAAAACAAAUCAAAACAAAUUCUAUAUUAAACAGUGAGAACUCUGCUAAGAUUAAGGCAAAAUGUGAAAUGUGAACUUUGAAUAAACGUGAAUCGAUCUGUAUUCCGCUGCCCCACGGUUCUGUCUGGGGCCUUUUUCAA